UGUUUAUAAUUUUCUUUAGGGUGAUGUCCAGAGAAGAAUUAGAGAGAUGUUAUCUGAAUCAAUGCAGGAAGACUUCAGUGGUCAGAGUAAUUUAAUGGGUGAGCAGGAGAUGUUUAAUAGAUUGAAGCAGCGGGGAGUCGUGGACAAUAUUUUACAACAGAUACAGUUUGAUGGAGGCACAGAUGGAAGGCGGCCUGCCACGCAUUUUACAGAUAAAGACAACAUGUUACGAUCUGUCGGUGAUAAGAAAACGAACAUUGAUCCAAGUCGACGCUAUCUGUACUUAUACAUCAAAGCUGGUAAAGCUUUUUUAGAACACAUAGACGAGAACAAUGGCACACCUGGUCAAGUAGCUUCCUACUUCACAUUCCAUAUCCUGUUUCGAGGACAGAGGUUUAAGUCUCGGCCAGUUGCUUGUGCGUGUGAGCCAGAUAUAGAUGAAGGUUUCCUUCUAGAGCUGCAUAAAGAUGGCAUAGGUGAUGCUGGCAAAAUGGCAGAUGCAACAACUAUGUUGUCUAUAUGUGAUCCAAUCCAUGUUGUAUUGAUCAAGACUGAUGCUUCAGGGGACACAACUCUUGUAUCCUCACAUUUCUUGGAAUGGAGACCAGUAUUGACCUCCAGCUCUAGCAGGCUCACAACAUCUCUGGAACUAAAGGGCACAGGGUCAGAGAGUAAGGUUUCUGCUGGUGUUAUAGAUAUUCAGGUAGAAUUAUUCCCAAAGGCCAAACAAGCGUUGAGCAAUGAGGUGAUCACAGCCCAGAUUCAAUUAGAGAGAGGUCGGCAUGCCGAGCAGGAACGUCUGUUCCUUGUAUAUGCUAAACAGUGGUGGAAAGAAUACCUGACUAUACGAGAGAUACACAAAGAAAGGCUUGUCAAGAUAUUUGCUCAGGAUGAAAAUGGAAACAACCGUCCAGUUUGUUCAUUUGUUAAACCUUUGAGAGCGGGGCGACUGCUUGACACUGCACGUGAGGCAGCACGAUUUGUGAGCUUGACACAUCAGGAGAGGACACCUACACUUGGGGGUGGUGGUCGCACUGAACAGUGGACAACCAUGCAUGCUUACUUGUGUAGAAAUAAAGGAGACUGUGAGGACCAUGCUGUGUUGCUGUGCAGUCUGUUACUAGGUUUUGGACUUGAGGCCUAUGUGUGUGUUGGGACCAAAGCCAAGGGAGCUGUUCAUGCUUGGGUGAUGACCAUUAGUGUUGAUGGACUUGUUACUUUCUGGGAGAGUCUAAAUGGACAUAGAUAUAUUCAUGAAUCAUUGGACCCAAAUGCUCCACCUAUGGAUAAACAACACAGACCAAAAUAUCCGUACAAAACAAUAGGUUGUGUCUUUAACCAUCAGUCUUUCUAUGCAAAUAAUCAGCCCACAGACUCUGUUGAGGUUUGUCAGUUCCUGCUGCGGGAUGAAGCACGUUGGAAGUCUAUGUCACAGGAUGCUAUCAUGUCUGUUUGUGGAUCUUCAAGUACCCCACUAUGGCCCCAGUUUCCUCCUUUGUGUGCCCCAUCAAUUGAUCCAUCACUUGCCAGUAAUGAUCUGGAACAACAACUCAGGGUGCUUGUCACAGAACAUAGAAGGGAUAUGGGAUUGACAACAAUGUGGGAUGAUCAACUGAGUUAUCUAUUAACACCAUCUUUAGCUGCCUACGAAACUGAAAGAACAACAGGUCUGACACCAGGGAACGAAGAGUUCCAGGAUUCAAUAAAGCAUGCUGUUCCAGAUGGCCACACAUUUAAGGGAUAUCCUAUACAGUUUUCUCAUAGAAAUGCUCGCAAAGCUUUCGCUACUUGUCUCAGAUCUCCAGUAUGUGAAGAAAUCAUCCACUGUCGAGGUGACCAUGUGAGAUUGGCCGUCCGUGUGCGAGUCUACCCAUACCCAGAAUCAGCGUGUGCCACAUGGAUUAUGUUUGCCUGCAAAUACAAAUCUAUCAUAUGAACUUCAUGUGGUGAUAAGUGUUAGUUGUGAGAUGUAAACAACAAAUUGUCCGGACAGUCUGUGAUCUGAAUUUUAUUACUUUAUAUGUUUAUAUGAACCUACAGUGAACACAGUGCUCAAUAUCAGCAAUACCAUUGAGUUUAUAUAAUCCUAGGUUGUUCAUACAUAGAUGUUUAUAUUAACCUAGAAUAUUGAGACAUGAAUGUUUAUAUAUUUGUAGGUCGUUGAUAUGUAGAUCUAUGUUUUCAUAAGUCUUGGUCAUUGGUACAUAGAUAUUUCUAUAAACCUAAGUCUUUAAUACAUAGCUGUUUAUAUAAACAUAGUUCGUUCAUUGAUACAUAGAUGUUUAUAUAAACAUAGUUCAUUGAUACAUAGAUGUUUAUAUAAACAUAGUUCAUUGAUACAUAGAUGUUUAUAUAAACAUAGUUCAUUGAUACAUAGAUGUUUAUAUAAACAUAGUUCAUUGAUACAUAGAUGUUUAUAUAAACAUAGAUUGAUACAUAGAUGUUUAUAUAAACAUAGAGUUCAUUGAUACAUAGCUGUUUAUAUAAACAUAGUUCAUUGAUACAUAGAUGUUUAUAUAA